GUUUCUGUAGAAAAACCAGUUCCAGUCGAGUUUGAUUUACGAUGCCUAGCGGCUUUCGACCCAAAUCCAUUGGAUGAAACCGAACUUAGAUCAAACAAAGUGGACAACUAUCUCAAGCAAUGGUCUAGAGAUGGUGCUCAGCUACUUAUUAAUGCAAUUUUUGGUCUUGAAACCAACUCGAAUGACGAUGGCUACUUUGCCAUACUACCUAAUUUGAUUUCAAGAAUUCCUCGUGCCAAGCCUAUUCCCAAGGAGAAUAACAAGACUCGAUGGGAAAAGUUUGCUGCAGUCAAGGGCAUCCAAAAAAAGAAGAAGAGCCGUAUGGAGUAUGAUGAAUCUACCCAGACUUACAACCCUCGAUAUGGAUACAAGGGUGGCGAAAAGGAUAAUCUCAAAGAUUGGAUCAUUGAGGUUCCUGAUAACGCAGAUCCUAUGGUGGAUCAGUAUCAACAGAAGCGUGAAGAGAAAAAGGGACGAGUAGAAAAGAACCAAAUGCAGCAACGUCGUAAU